CGCCGGUCGGUUUCGGUGAAAAGUUGGAAAAUCCCCUCGGUUUGCGUUUGUAUUUAGCAUUCAAGAAUCAGUUGCGACAGCAACUCGAAAGCGACAGUAUAGUGCGUUAUAGUGGUUACUAGUAUUGGACGGACCUGUAGUGCACGGUAGCGUUCCGAUCCACGGUCAGUCAGUGCUACUAGGUCGUGUUGCCAACAACCGCUAGGACCUCAACAAACAGAGAUACUAUAGGGAAAACAGUAUAAUAGAAAAAGAAAAACAGUGCGAAGAAACGCGUGAGUCGUUUCGUUUCAGUGGUGAAGAAACUAGUUGCAUUUAAUUGCUAGUGAUUUUUUUUGUCAGUGUAUAAACCGUUAAAUUUCAAACAACCGAAAAAACAAUGGAUGAUCUUCCUCCAGAGCAAGUAGCAAUUUUGCAGAAGGCCUUCAACAGCUUCGACCGUGAAAAGACUGGCAGCAUCUCGUCCGACAUGGUUGCCGAAAUUCUUCGGUUGAUGGGACAACCAUUCGACAGACAGAUCCUCGAGGAGAUGAUUGAGGAGGUCGACGAGGACAAGUCCGGCCAGAUUGAGUUCGAAGAGUUCGUCACACUAGCGGCCAAGUUCAUCGUUGAGGAAGAUGAAGAAGCGCUGCAAAAGGAGCUGCGAGAAGCGUUCCGUCUGUACGAUAAGGAAGGUAAUGGCUUCAUCCCGACAUCGUGCCUGCGUGAGAUUUUACGAGAACUAGACGACCAGUUGUCCGAGGAGGAUUUGGACAUGAUGAUCGAGGAAAUCGAUUCCGACGGCUCGGGAACGGUCGAUUUCGAUGAAUUCAUGGAGAUGAUGACUGGUUAGACAGAACAACCGAAAUUCUACGCAGCAUAAGAUUUCGUCAUACCGUAUAAAAGUCGCACAAGUACCGUUGAUGAAGCUAUCUUCUUUUUAUAUAUUAUAAAUAUUACUAUUACUAUUAUUAAUACUACCAUUGUCAUGAAAUACGCAUAUUCUACAAAGAGAAUUGUUUUGAGAAAAAAACGUUAACCUCCCCUGUAAAAAGAGGAGCAUAACGCAUCUGUUUGAAUGUAUUGUUACUCAACAACAGUUGUUAGCUUUAGCCAUUUUGUAUUAUGUCUGAGAUAAAAAAAAUCAAAUUAGAAAAACCAUUUUUUUCGGUUAUAGUUUGCUAAUUCGUUGAUCUACUCUGUUGGGUGUUCAAAUUCACCAACACUAUUCGUAACGUUUAAGGUCUGCGUGCCAAAGCAAUACAAGCGAGUGCAUCGGAAAAGAAAAUAAACCUACUAGUAUAAUCAACAACGAUAACUUCGAAAAUCUCAUGUUUUUAUUUUUAACUUUAAUGUAGCAUUGUUUGUAUCAGCUGAAUUCUCAUAUUUUGAAAUGAAUAAAGUUCAAACUAUCAACAGUUUACAGUCA